AUGGCUAGUCUCAAGAAUAUCAUGAACACCGACGACGAACACGUCGAUCCGCGAUCCGGAAGCCGGCCCAUAGAUUUGGCUUCAAGGCCGUCCCUGCGCCCCAAUCCAUCGGCCUCCGGCUCAACCUCAUCGUCUUCCCAUAACAGCAGGCCCGAUCCACCUACUUCUUCGACGACAUCUUCUGUCAUCGAUCACCUGUCAUCUUCUAGCACCAACCGCAACAUGACCAGCCGCCGUCGUAGCAACACGAGUCUUGACUCUCUCGAACUGUCCAACCAGCCAGGCCCAUCGUCAAACGCUCCCAUGAGGCCCUUCACAGCGGGAGUGGGCAAUGAGCCCCAUGUCAAACUGACCCCCAUCACUCGAAAGAUUAGCAAGGCAAAGAAGGGUGUUCCAGUUCAUACCUGUGAUCGAUGUCCCAAGACCUUCUCUAGAGCCGAGCACUUGAGACGGCAUCAACUUAGUCACUCACCUCCUGAUUUGUGCUGCCAGGUUCCAGGUUGCAACAAGACAUUCUACAGAAAAGAUCUCCUUGACCGACAUAUCCAGAGACACGAGCAAGAGAAAGGUGCCAAGGACCCGAAACCGCCCGCUUCUCGACGCAACUCAAAGACAUCUACACAAACAUGCUCAAACAUGACUCAGGAGACGGGCUUGAAAAUGCCUGACAACCUCAAUGGCCCCCGGAUGGGUGCCAUGGCUGGCUCAACCAACAACUCUACAAUGGUCUCCGGAUCGUGGACAUCUAUGCCCGCUGCUCCAAGUGUAAGCCAGAGCUACACGACGCCGUCCAACAUGACGAAUACCACAGACAACUAUCCUAUGGGAGGAACAGAAUAUGUUAUUGGGCCGACAACUUUGCCGACGACAAACGAUACAUUUGGUCAAUAUGAUUCAGCGCCCAGAGCUAUGCCGGAACUUACAAUGUUGGCCAUACCUGAUAACGGAACAUCAGAGGUGCGUUGGCGAGACUCAGGGAUGGCUUCUUCAGCUUCAGAGAGCACCUACUCGACCCCCUCGGACAACACACGGCACCCACAGUUCCCCAUCCGUACCUCGAGCGAGGACUGGAUCAACUCUGUUCCAUCUUUCCAAACCACCUCAAACGACUUGCGAAGCACGAGCAUAGAGAAUGGAGCAUUCUCUGUUCCUUUUACAUAUACCAGCUCACCCCCACAAAUCUACCAGCCCGUAUUUGGUGACAUGGGCCUUCCUCUCCCCGGCUACGCCGAAGGGGAUACGUUCAGCAGCGCGGACCAGAUCCCAACCUCUACAGUUCGUAGCAUGUCCCCUUCACUGGCUGUGGCUCAAUCUGAGACUUUAGUCGCCAUCCCAUCGAUACCAUCAGGUCGGAUUUUCGGCCUUUCCGGGUGCGGCUCUCAGCCUCCAGAUGGGGGCAGCCUAUUAAAUACAGAACUGCCAGUGUCGUUGAACGCAGCGGCCAGCGAGGCGGUUCCGGAAUAUCUCAAGGUCUACUGGGACAAGGUGCACCCCAACUAUCCUAUAAUCCACAAACAUACAUUCGGGAAAGCAACUGUGGCCGCUGCGGAGCAUAUUGAAGUGCUUCGGUAUGCCAUGGCGGCGGUGGCAACACAAUAUCUUGCUGAUAAGGACGACCGCAUGAAAGGGGCUCAGCUGCAUGCUUAUGCUUGGCAAAAGUCCAAGCUGUUUACUCAGGCAGACGAAUGGCCGUUGCCCGUCAAGCAAACCGUUCUGCUUUGUGAAUAUUAUGCACGCUUCCGCGGUAGAAAGAGCCAGUCUUACAAACCCUCUCCCCGGUUCACUUCACUCUAUCACAGGGUUGUCGGUGGCCAGAAUAAAUCUGCUCCCUUUUUGUCUACCCGUGAUACCCAGCGCGCAUGGAAGACGUGGAUCGAAACAGAAGCCCACCGGAGGCUGGUGGCUGCUUGUUUCUUGCUGGAUGUGCACAGCUCGCGUUAUCACGAAGGCCAACACGUUUCUGCAGCCGGCCUGGAUUAUUCUUCCCCAAGCACCCUCCCCAUACCUCUCACAGGCGACACAACGCAGCUCUGGGAGGCAAAGGACGCCCAAAGUUGGGCCAAGACACGAACGAAAAAGAGUCCAAAAACUCUUUGCAACACGAACCUGGGGACACUCGCCGCUUCCAACAUUGUCACGGCACCACCCUUUGACGCAUCGAUCUUGCUUGCGGCGUAUUCGCUAUUCCUCUCCCCUCUUCAGUCUCCGACACAAGCCAGCCCCAUGGACAAUCUGAAGGGCAUCCAAACCGAAACGGCUCCCAUCUCAAAGCUCUUCCCCGGUUCUGCCGUUGCCAACACCUACCUGGCCCUACAAUACACGCCCCUUUACUGCCUUUUGUCGGUGGCUGGGGAGAGCUGGGUAUUUAACAAGAAGGUGCCUGAAGUGAGCGCCUAUGCGGAGCAUCAGAAGGUGGUUGAACAAUGGCGCAGAUCCGAUAUAUCAGCCGUCGCAGUAGUCUUUGCUGCUCGGGCACUGAAAGCUUUCCUCAGCCUGGGAGCUCGGUCGAAUCAGGCAGAGGAAAACAAGGCAGAAGAGACACGCCGAAAGACUGUACCAUGGACAGACAUCUCGGACUACUGGGGUGUGUACGUUUGCGCUCUGAUCUGCUGGGCCUUCAGCUGCACGGGUGAUAGGGACAGAUCCAACACACCGGUAUCACGAGAGACAGCGGCACAGUGGAUAUUGGCGGCUUCGGAUAUGGAGCCAGCUGAUGUACAAAGCCAGGUCCAACGCUACGAGGCUCGAGGAGCCGUCAAGCUUGCGCGGGAGGCGUUGGCGGCCGACUGUCUCGGAGGAAGGAACAUCAUGUUUGAAGAUGCCGUAGGGGUUUUGAAGCAGUUGGAGGGGAAGUCGGUGGGGUAG